AGGUAUGAAUCGAAGACUUCUUCUUUGAUUCUCUUGUUUAUAGUCUCAGAUCUAUGCGUGUUUUCUUUACGCCCCCGUUUGAAUCGAUCGGGAGAGAUCUUUCAUCGGAGUACUCAUUGAGUUAUAUCUUGAUUUGGGUGAAUAAUAAUCAUGAGUCAAACACAUCAUGGGCAGUGGACGUUUCGUCAGUUUGGGAAUCCUCUCCGGGGUUUUUUCUCAAAGAAACCUUACCUAUCCCCUGAGCUUCUCUCCUUGUUGCAUGUUUUUGAGCAAAGCUUGGCAGAGAGCUUAAGAAAGCUGAUGGCUGUGGAUAACAAAGAUGUCCUUAGUUUGUCAUGGAUGAGGGUUGCCAUGGACACCUUGUGCACUAUCCAUGAUAGCCUCAAAACUCUAAUAACUGAUCUCAAGUUUCCUUCUUCUGACUGGGAUAAUAAGUGGAUAAAUAUGUAUUUGGAGGAUAGUGUAAAAUUACUUGAUAUUUGCAUUGCACUAAUCUCAGAGGUAUCCAGAUUGGAUCAGUGUCAACUCUGGCUGCGGUAUAGCGUGCAUCUCUUGGAUCCUGCCAACAAAUAUCCCCCUGAAAAAGCGAAAAAAGCUCAUACCUGUCUUCAAGACUGGAUGCAAAAAAUCAGGUCAAGUAGUCCAAAGCUGGAAAGCUGCCCUGCUACCCUUCAGGUCCUCGGGGGAAAUCUAUAUUUUGGAAAGGUUAAGGAUUCAGGCAAAGGGGAAAUACUGGGGAGAGCUUUGUAUGGGUUGAAGGUUGUGACAGUAUUUAUAUGCAGUCUGCUUGUAGCGGCAUUCUCUGGUCACUCAAAACCUUUGCUGCUCGAUUUGGAUGUUCCUCGUAAGUUUACGUGGUCUGUAGCAUUCACUGAUUUGCAAGCUUAUGUGAAUAAUGAAAUCAUGAACCUAUUCCCAUCUGGAAAGGUUGCAUCACCUAGAGAGGUAGAAGCUGUUAGAUUAGCAGUGGAGAAGUUUACCAUCUCAAAUCAUGUCAAUUGCAAUGAGGUAGCACUAGCACCAGUAAGUAACAAAAAUCAAGAAGAACAAGGAUUGCAGGAAACUGUUUCAAAAUUAAUUAAAAGUGCCGAGGAGCUUGACAGAGGUUUAGAUCUUCUAUCAAAACAAGUGAAUACAUUUUUCAAGAUUGUGCUAACAGGUCGUGAUGCUUUGCUUAAUACUCUUAGAGGCUCUGAUUUUACCCCUGAAAGUAAUAAGGAUGCGAAUCUAAAAGCCAUGAACUUAUAGUAGGGAUGAAAAAUUAUGCAAGGAGUUCAUCAAAAUGUAUGCAUUUCUGUUGUGUUUUUUUUCCUCGGUUUUGGUGAAUGUUACUUGAAUUGCCAACGAAAUUUGCAAGGUAUCUUGAUUGUGGUGAUGUAAGGCUAGAUAUCAUAGUCACAGUAUUGUUAUCUAUUAUAUAUAUAUAUAUAUAUAUGUAGAUGUACAUGGUUCAGUAGUAAGUGUUGUGUUAUCAUCAUCUAGUGACUAUGUAAUGCAUCUGUGACAUAAAAAACUUUCCUUGAAAUGUAAAGUAAAUUCCUUGCAUAUAAUGUUGGAUUGUCUAACGUAGAACAUAAUGGAUGUUACUCUCAUACAA